CGCCUUCCUCCCCUUCCACAGGGCCACGACACGACGACGGCCGGCAUGAGCUGGGCUCUGUUCCUUCUUGGGUUGCAUCCGGACGUGCAGGACCGAGUGCAUCAGGAAAUUGAUUCGAUUUUCGCUGGCUCCGACCGGCCGGCCACGAUGAAGGAUCUCGGCGAGAUGAAACUGCUGGAACGGUGCCUGAAGGAAACGCUCCGGCUCUAUCCAUCCGUGUCGUUCUUCGGUCGCAAACUAAGCGAGGACGUCACCCUGGGCCAGUACUUCAUCCCGGCCGGAACGCUGAUGGGCAUCCAUGCGUAUCACGUGCAUCGCGACGAAAGAUUUUAUCCCGACCCGGAGAAAUUCGACCCGGAUCGUUUCCUACCGGAGAACACGGAACAUCGUCACCCAUUUGCAUAUAUCCCAUUCAGUGCUGGACCACGUAACUGUAUUGGACAGAAGUUUGCCAUUCUGGAGGAAAAAAGCAUCGUGUCGUCUAUUCUUCGGAAAUUCCGCGUGCGUUCGGCCAACACACGCGAUGAGCAGAAGAUUUGCCAGGAAUUGAUUACUCGCCCGAACAAAGGUAUCAGGCUGUAUUUGGAAAGGCGAGGCUGAAGAUUUUGUUGAUAUGAAUUGAUAUUACAUUGCAGUUGGUUUUAGGAAUAAAUAAAGGUGCAACGAUUGUUGACUUAUA